AUGGCGUCCCAUCUCAACCUCUCACCAUUCGCAUUGUUGACGCUAACCACCAUCAUCCUCUCCCUCUGCUUCGCCACCGAAUCAAACGAAGACCGAACCAGCGAGCUUCUAUCAAUUCAAUCAAGAUCUAGUUCCGGAAUAAUCCAUCUCAACGACCAAUCCAUCGCUCGUUUCAUAACCUCCGUCAAAACCCCUAGACCCUACUCCAUUCUCAUCUUCUUCGACGCCGCGCAACUCCGCGACAAAUCCGAACUCCGUCUCACGGAGCUUCACAAAGAAUUCUCCAUCGUUGCUUCUUCCUUCAUCACCAACAACGCUAACCAUUCGUCUCUCCAAAAACUCUUCUUCUGCGAAAUCGAAUUCAAAGAAUCCCAACUCACUUUUUCACAAUUCGGCGUCAACGCUCUCCCUCACAUCCGUCUCGUUGGUCCUAACCACGGACUUAAAGAUUCCGAACAUAUGGAUCAAGGUGAUUACUCUCGCCUCGCGGAAUCGAUGGCGGAAUUCAUCGAAUCAAAAACUAAGUUAUCGGUCGGAACCAUUCAUCGACCGCCACUGCUGUCGAGAAACAAAAUCAUCCUUAUUGCGGUUGGAUUCUUGAUCUGGUUAUCUUAUUUCGUUAAGAAGGUUCUCACUGGUGAAACACUGUUGCAUGACCCUAGGGUUUGGUUGGCUGGUUCUGUUUUUGUUUACUUUUUCAGUGUUUCUGGUGCAAUGCAUAAUAUUAUCAGGAAAAUGCCUAUGUUUCUUGUGGAUCGUAACGAUCCUUCAAAGCUUGUGUUUUUCUAUCAGGGAUCUGGAAUGCAGCUUGGUGCUGAGGGUUUUGCUGUUGGAUUUUUGUAUACGCUUGUGGGUUUGCUUUUGGCGUUCAUGAGCCAUGGUCUUGUUAAGAUCAAGAGUGUUAAGGUGCAGAGGGUGGUUAUGAUUUUUGCUCUGUUGGUUUGUUUUUUGGCUGUGAAGCAGGUUGUCCUUUUGGAUAAUUGGAAGACUGGAUAUGGGAUUCAUGGAUAUUGGCCCUCUAACUGGAACUUUUGA